AGGAACUUUUGCGCCCGCACACCUUCGCCAUCCACCCGCACCACUGCUACGGUACCUCUUGUGUCACAAAAGAGAACCAUUCGGGAUCCCAAUCUAGUAGACUUCUCCGCAGGAUUUCGUCGGCCAAUCUCUCAUGCACGCACCCGACAUGUGCUUCACUUGAUCGUAGGGCUGGCAGUCACAUCCUCCAGCUCUGAAUCACCCGCCUGGUGACACCCUCUCGGCCCUUCCAUCGGCUCUCGUGCCUCCCCGCUUCAUUUGACGCUGUGCGUUCGCGACUCCAACAGUCCCACCGCUACCAAUACUCCUCGCGCUACGCUCCGCCAGCAUGUCUUCAGUAUGGAAUCCCGAUAAUGUGCGCGACGUCGCCGAGUCUGUGGGCGUCGCCUCACUCGCCGAUAACGUGGUUGAUGAGCUUGCCCGCGACGUCGAUUUCCGCUUGGCCCAGGUUCUAGAAGAGGCGCUGAAGUUCAUGCGACACGGCAAGCGGACAACAUUGAGCACACAAGAUAUAUCAAAUGCCCUAAAGGUUCUCAAUGUGGAGCCUCUAUACGGAUACGAGUCUACCCGGCCGCUGCGCUUUGGGGAGGCCUCACUAGGACCUGGCCAACCGCUAUACUAUGUCGAAGACGAAGAGGUUGACUUCGAGAAGCUCAUUAAUGCGCCGCUGCCCAAGGUGCCACGAGAGAUCACAUUCACAGCGCACUGGCUUGCCGUCGAGGGAGUCCAGCCCUCAAUACCACAGAAUCCAACCACAAACUCUGCCGAUCUCUUGCCCAAAGGACCGAACGCAAAUCCACAUCUCGCCGCUGCCAACGGACUGGACAACGUGAACGUGAAGCCGCUCGUGAAACACGUCCUCUCUAAAGAAUCGCAGGAGCUAUUCAACAAGCUGUCGGGCGCACUCACCGACGAGACCAACAUCGAAUGGCAGAAUGCAGCACUUGCAGCUAUACGGACAGAGCCGGGCAUUCAUCAGCUGAUAACCUAUCUACUCAGCUUCAUAGCCGAGAAGGUAACACACAACAUGAAAAACUUGUUCGUACUGGAUCAGAUGAUGAAAGCUACCGAAGCUCUCCUGGAUAAUCGGGCCAUCUAUCUAGAUCCCUACGUUGCGUACAUGGUGCCGCCGGUUUUGACGUGUUGCACGGGUAAAAGCUUAGGCCCAAUAGCACAACAAGCACCCUCCAAUGCCUCCUCAGAGACUCUGAAUGGGAACGGCGUCAACGGCUAUGGUCCAAGCUCUUUCGAUCAUUUCAAACUGCGGGACGAUGCAGCGUCUAUACUCAGCCGUAUAUGUCAGAAACACUCAACGUCAAACCAAGGGCUGAAGUCGCGAAUCGCGCGAACAUGCCUCAAGCAGUUCAUGGACGUCGGCAAAACAGCCGGAACCCACUAUGGCGCCUUGCGCGCCUUGCUCUCGAUCACUGGUCUGGAAGGGCUGAAGAUGCUUAUUUUGCCAAACUUGAAGAUGUACAACGACGAUUUCCUGACAGCCAAGUUGGCGGAUGAGAGUACGAGGCGAGAUGCUGAGAAGGUGGUGGAGGUGUUUGCAGGUGCUUUCAAGACGCUCAAUGACUCUAGGCAGCCGCAGACUACGCAUGGGGUAGCCAGCCCAGAAUCGCACAGGGAGCAACUCGUAGAAAAGAUAGGCGACGUCUUAGCUGAUCUGCUUAUUUCGAGGAAGUGGACUAGGGCUGCGCAGUUCAUAUUGCAAGCAGACGUCAUCUACGAGGUUUUGGCCUCUCUAGGCCUCGCCAACAAGCACGCAAAGCUUCUCUUCCUCGGUCUCGAUAAUGCCGGCAAGACCACACUCCUCCACAUGCUGAAGAACGACCGUGUGGCUGUCUUACAACCUACCUCCGAGGAACUCUCAAUAGGCAACGUAAAAUUCACCACCUUCGAUCUCGGCGGACACGCCCAAGCGCGACGCCUCUGGCGCGACUACUUCCCCGAGGUCUCGGGCAUCGUCUUCCUCGUCGACGCGAAGGACCAUGAACGAUUCAACGAGAGCAAAGCGGAACUCGAUGCGUUGCUGGGCAUGGAGGAGCUAAGCAAGACGCCGUUUGUGGUCCUGGGCAACAAGAUUGACCACCCGGAUGCGGUGAGCGAGGAUCAGUUGAGGAGUGUACUGGGUCUCUAUCAGACGACGGGCAAGGGCAAGGUUCCGCUUGAGGGCAUCAGGCCGAUUGAGGUUUUCAUGUGCAGUGUGGUUAUGCGACAGGGAUACGGUGAGGGCAUCAGGUGGCUCAGCCAGUACGUCUAG